UUUUUUGCAUCACUCCUAAUGUAACAAAAAAAAUCCAUUAUUUUUGGAUGAUAAUUUAGAGAUAUCUAAAACCCAGAAACAAAAACCUCCACAGUCUACAUCCAAAGAUAAACCCAUUUCUGUCUAAAUCUUAUCUUCCCUCACUUCUUUGCCCUCUCAAUUUCCCUCCCCACAAAAGAACUUACUAACAAACAAAGAAAUGGCGAUGUUAUCAAUGGACAUAGCCACAACUUUCAUCAACUUCACCACUCGUUGCGGUCGCCACCACCGAACCCCGCCUCUCUCCGGAAUCAGAACUACGGUUCCUGCUCUCUUCUUCAAAUCCAGCCCCAUCAAAACCCACUCCCUUUCUUCCAAAACCUUGCCUUGUUUGCCUCGCACGAUUUUUUCCACCUCCGAUUUCUCCAAAGCUAACCGCUGCCGCCGGUUCUCAGUAUCUGCCACUGCCACUACGACUCCGCAGAGCGAGGAUUCCGAUGUUUCUACUAAAAUUCCGCCUGAUAAUCGCAUUCCUGCCACCAUAAUUACCGGCUUUUUGGGCUCUGGCAAGACAACAUUACUCAAUCACAUCUUGACUGCAGAUCACGGGAAGCGCAUAGCAGUGAUAGAGAAUGAGUAUGGUGAAAUAGACAUCGAUGGCUCUCUUGUUGCUACUAAAGCUGCUGGGGCUGAGGACAUAGUCAUGCUCAACAAUGGCUGUCUCUGCUGUACUGUAAGGGGUGAUCUUGUGAGGAUGAUUGCAGAGCUAGUCAAUAAGAAGAAAGGGAAAUUUGACCACAUUGUCAUUGAGACCACAGGAUUGGCAAAUCCAGCACCGAUCAUUCAGACAUUUUAUGCUGAGGAUCAGGUUUUCAAUGAAGUAAAGUUAGAUGGUGUUGUUACUUUAGUUGAUGCCAAACAUGCUGGUUUUCAUCUGGAUGAGGAUAAACCAAAAGGAGUGGUCAAUGAGGCAGUUGAGCAAAUUGCUUACGCUGACCACAUUAUUGUAAACAAGACUGAUCUUGUUGGUGAGCAGGAAAUUACUUCCUUGGUUAAAAGGAUAAGGAACAUUAAUCGUAUGGCUCAUCUCAAGCGUACAGAGUUUGGAAAAGUUGACUUGGAGUAUGUUCUUGGAAUUGGAGGCUUUGAUUUGGAGAGGAUUGAGAGUUCUGUCAAUGAUGAAGGUGCAAAGGAAGAUCAUGCUCACCAUAGCCAUGAUCAUGAUAAUCAUCAUCACGAUGAACAUGACCAUAAACAUGACCAUCAUCAUUCUCAUGAUCAUACUCAUGAUCCAGGGGUUACCUCUGUCAGCAUAGUGUGUGAAGGCAGCUUAGAUCUUGAGAAGGCUGACAGAUGGCUAGGCACAUUGUUGUUGGAACGUAGUGAUGACAUUUAUCGGAUGAAAGGCCUUCUUUCUGUUAAGGGCAUGGAUAAGAGGUUUGUCUUUCAGGGAGUUCAUGACUUAUUCCAAGGUUCACCGGAUCGGCUAUGGGGUGCAGAUGAACCAAGAGUAAACAAGAUUGUAUUCAUUGGGAAGAACUUGAAUGCAGAGGAAUUGGAGAAGGGUUUUAAAUCUUGUUUACUAUGAUCACUCAAUAAAACCAUUUUGACCUUACAUAACCUGGCUCCUCUCCUUUCCUUUCAAUUUACUAAUAUAAAAAAUUCGUGAAUAUGUAAGGGAAGGGUUCAGGUGCUUGCCGAUGUAUCUGCUAAUAGUCAUAGAGACCUAUGAUAUAAGAGAUGUUUAAUUGAUGCCAGUUUUAAAACAGCACUUUGUUGAGAAUAAUGUCAUUUUAGUCUCCAAUUUUUGCCAGAGAAAAUGGGUUGACAUCAAUUAUGUAAGAAAUGUGAAACUGCAAGGGCACUCUGAGUUUCCAUAGGUGCUAUUUAUAUUAAAAUUUGCUUUUUUAUUUAUAUAUGAGAAG